UUUCACUGGAAUGAUGAUGCAAGAAAACUUAAUGGAGAUCAAAGAACUACGGGGCAGCCUAAACUCGCAUGCUUCGAAGUAUAUGAUUCCAUCAUUAUCGUUCAACCAGACCUCUCCCCAAGUUCUGGUUGUAUCAAAUGACACCAUUAAUCAUGCCUACUCUCUGGUACAUUAUACAACUUAAUACUCAUUCUGUUUCAAGACUAGUGACUAAAAACCAGUGUUGUUGACACUAAUAAAGAUCCUCUUCCUACAGAUGUUUGGAAAAGAGAAUGACAUGAACACGGUAGACCCAUCUCUACAGGGACCGACCAUUGUUCGCUGGCCUUUCUUCGCUUUCAUGUGUGGAGCAAUGUUCUGCCUUCUCACCAGCAGUACUUGCCAUCUCCUAUCCUGUCACUCGAAGCUUUACUCCUACAUCAUGCUCAGACUCGACUAUGUUGGCAUCUCAGUCCUCAUUGUCACCUCCUUCUACCCCUUAGUCUACUACUCCUUCAUGUGUCACCCACUCUCUCGCAACCUCUACAUUGGAAUCAUCACCAUUUUUGGGAUCGCGACCUCAUCAGUCUCGUUGUUACCUAUCUUUCAAACUCCAACAUACAGACCAGUGAGAUCAGGUCUUUUCGUCAUUGUGGGAGUAUCAGGGAUUGUGCCUAUAGCACACAAAUUAGUUAUAUUCAGUCAUCAGCCUGAAGCACUCCUAACGACGGGAUAUGAGUUGGUGAUGGGGGCUUUCUAUGUAUUUGGGGUGGUGGUUUAUGUUGCUAGAGUCCCGGAGAGGUGGAUGCCUGGAAAGUUUGACCUCGCAGGGCACAGCCAUCAGCUGUUCCAUGUUCUGGUCAUUGCCGGAGCUUGUACUCACUAUCUUGGAGGACUUGUGUACCUAAGGUGGAGACAGAUGGAAGGAUGCUAUUAGGGUUCGAACUUAAGAAUUCAUGAUGUACGUGAACAGUGUCAAACUAUAUCAUCUCAGGUUAUAAAACGUUUCAGCUGAGAGAUAAUGUUUCUCAAUAUCCUGUGUCAUAGAAAUCUAUGUUGACAACAACUGGGGGAAAACACUAUCUUGUUCACUACUAGCUCCACAGAGAAAUAAGUUCUAUACAUAACUUUAAAAAAA